AUGAUAAGAAUAAAAAAAAAAUUAAUUUUGACCAUUAUAUAUAUUCAUCUGUUUAUAUUAAAUAGAUUAAGUUUUGAAAAUGCAAUAAAAAAAACGAAGAAUCAAGAAAAUAAUCUGACGUUACUACCAAUAAAGAGCACUGAAGAAGAAAAAAAUGAUAUAAAAAAUGGAAAGGAUAUCAAAAAAGAAAUUGAUAAUGAUAAAGAGAAUAUAAAAACAAAUAAUAUCAAAGAUCAUUCAACAUAUAUAAAAUCAUAUUUGAAUACAAAUGUAAAUGAUGGUUUAAAAUAUUUGUUUAUUCCUUCUCAUAAUUCUUUUAUAAAAAAAUAUUCUGUAUUUAAUCAAAUAAAUGAUGGCAUGUUAUUAAAUGAAAAAAAUGAUGUGAAAAAUAAUGAAGACUAUAAAAAUGUGGAUUAUAAAAAUGUUAAUUUUUUACAAUAUGUUUUUAAAGAGUUAUCUAAUUAUAACAUUGCAGAUUCUAUUGAUAUUUUCCAAGAAAAAGAAGGACAUUUGGAUUUUGUUAUAAUACCUCAUUAUACUUUUUUAGAUUAUUAUAAACAUUUAUCUUAUAAUUCUAUAUAUCAUAAGUACUCUACACAUGGAAUGUAUAUAGGUGUAGAUGCUUUUAUUAAGAAAAUAAAUGAAAGAUAUGACCAAGUAAAAAGUAAAUGUAAUGAUAUAAAGAAUGAUUUAAUUGGAACUAUAAAAAAAUUAGAGCAUCCUUAUGAUAUAAAUAAUAAGAAUGAUGAUUCCUAUAGAUAUGAUAUAUCUGAAGAAAUCGAUGAUAAAUCUGAAGAGACAGAUGAUGAAACCGAAGAGGUAGAAGAUAGUAUACAAGAUACAGAUAGUAAUCAUACUCCUUCAAAUAAAAAAAAAAAUGAUCUUAUGAAUAGAACGUUUAAAAAGAUGAUGAAUGAAUAUAAUACAAAAAAAAAUAAAUUAAUUAAAUGUAUAAAAAAUCAUGAGAAUGAUUUUAAUAAAAUAUGUAUGGAUAUGAAAAAUUAUGGUACAAAACUUUUUCAACAAAUUUCAUGUUACAAUAAUAAUUUCUGUAAUACAAACGGAAUAAGAUAUCAUUAUGAUGAAUAUAUUCUUAAAAUAAUAUUAUCUGUUAAAUCAAAAAACUUAAAUAAAGACCUAUCAGAUAUGACAAAUAUUUUACAGCAAAGUGAAUUAUUAUUAACCAAUUUAAAUAAAAAAAUGAGUUCCCAUAUAUAUAUUGAUACAAUAAAAUUUAUACAUAAAGAAAUGAAACAUAUUCUUAAAAGAAUUGAAUAUCAUACAAAAAUAAUAAACGAUAAAAAUAAAAUAAUUCAAGACAAAAUUAAAUUAAAUAUAUGGAGAACAUUUCAAAAAGAUGAAUUAUUAAAAAGAAUUUUAGACAUGUCAAAUGAAUAUUCUUUAUUUAUUACUAGUGAUCAUUUAAGACAAAUGUUAUAUAAUACAUUCUAUUCAAAAGAAAAACAUUUAAAUAAUAUAUUUCAUCAUUUAAUUUAUGUACUACAAAUGAAGUUCAAUGAUGUCCCAAUUAAAAUGGAAUAUUUUCAAACAUAUAAAAAAAAUAAACCACUUACACAAUGA